AUGAAAUGUAUUCCGGCUCUUUCGAAACGAAUUAUAUUUGCAUAUUUCAUAUUAUUAUGUCUAUUAUAUUUAUUUUAUGUUUUGAAUACCUCUUUAGUUGACGAAAGAAAAUUUUCUUUCAAGUACUUUUCUCUCAAAGACCACGUGUCAAAAUACAAAAGCGUGACAAGACGUUUCGCCGCAUUGUUAGGUUACAGCUUCGAUGGCAACGAUUACAUGAGACUCAGGAAACCGAACCAAGUACCUACAAAAAGACUGCCUGAUGCAUUGAUUAUAGGUGUUAAGAAAUGUGGAACGCGAGCGCUGUUGGAGUUUUUAAGAAUACACCCAGACGUAAGAGCAGCUGGAUCCGAAGUCCAUUUCUUUGAUAAGUUUUAUCAUAAAGGUUUCGAGUGGUACAGAGAGAAAAUGCCACCUACCCUCGAAGGACAAAUAACAAUGGAAAAGACCCCAUCGUACUGGGUUACCAGAUCUGCUCCGAGACGUGUUUAUUCCAUGAAUCCUUCAGUUAAACUAUUAGCUGUUGUUCGCGAUCCGGUCACAAGAUCUAUAAGUGAUUACACACAAUCUGCCAGCAAGAGACCAAGUCUUCCACGUUUCGAGGAUCUGGCAUUGGUUAAUAGUACUGUAACGUGGGGUGGACCCUGGUCUGUGGUGGAUUCCUCUUGGCCUCCAGUCAGGCUGGGCAUUUACGCUAGACCUUUAAGACGCUGGUUGAGGAGGUUCCCAAGGUCUAGAAUUCUGUUUAUCAGUGGCGAAAGAUUGGUGGUCGAUCCAGCAGCUGAAAUGGCAAGAGUCGAGGAUUUCUUGGGAUUGAAGCUUGUCAUAACCGACAAACAUUUUUAUUUCAAUUCCACAAAAGGUUUUCCUUGUCUACUGAAAUCGGAAAGUCGUUCUACACCUCACUGUCUUGGUAAAAAUAAGGGAAGGAGUCAUCCAUACAUCGAUCCAGUUGUUAUAGAGAGAUUGAGAGAAUUUUAUAGACCUUAUAACGAAAAAUUUUAUGAGCUAUCCGGUAUAAAUUUUGGGUGGCCAUAA